AUGAGCAAAAACGCAGACACACCCGACCGCCCUACCCACGAUCCCGAACGUCAGCCAGAAGCCUCUUCUGAUUCUGCUGCUUCAUCAUCACAAGGAAUACGAAUUCCUGCAAACAGUUUGAAAGAUUUACUAAAAAGUGAAUAUUCACAAGUAACCCGAGAGGCCAUUCAGAAAAAGUAUCAAGAACAGGGAACGAAUAUACCGUUCAAAGCAAGAGUUGAGGCCAAAAUUCAAGGUUUUUAUGGCGGCAAUGUUGGUCCUCAAGCUCUAAAUCCUUUGAGAAAAGGUAUACAUGAACAAUCUCAUAAACGAGGAUGGACUCCACUACAAAAGAAAAUUACCUUGUUGUUCGGCUCUUUUAUUCUUGGACAACUCUUUUAUUUCGGAGGAAGAUAUAUUUUCAACAACUUUAUUUCAUCUAACAAACAAAUGACCAAUCAAUCGAGUUUCUAUUAUGGAAGAGAUGUUAAUGAAUUUAAUUCAGAGGUUGAUAAGUUAACAGGGAAAAUGGUGAACGACUACAAAAAAUUCAAAGGCUCUGACGAUGUAACACCAGAAGAAUACAAGAUGAUUGAACGAGAUGCAUUGAACAGAGUAUCUUUAAAGUAUGCUCAACAACAUGAAAUUCUUGGCUCUGCUUCACAAACACCUUCCUCCUCAAAAUACGUGCCUCGUUAG